AUGACUUCUUCUCCUCAGCUGUCUCCACGCAAUCCAGCGCCGAGACUGGAUGAAGAUGGUACCUCUGUGCCUCAUGCCGAUCAACGGACGAUGUAUCCGUCAUCCGAAAGGUCACCACUGCUUGGCGCGGACAGCGAUCCGGAACCCAACACCUCCGGUGCCAAGCCUGCCACGGUCCUUGGCCAAAUGACCGCCAUGAGAGUCACUGCCCUGGCCUUUAGUCUUUGGCUACUGAUUUUCCUCCAAGCCUCCAACACGUCGGGCAUCACCAUGAUGCAAGGCAGCAUCGCUGAGGAUCUGGAUGCCUACGAGGGUACUAUGUGGUUCACCUCGGGAUACCUCAUCACCAUGUCUAGCUUGGCACCUCUCGUCGGAAAGCUGGCUACUAUCUUCUCGCCGCGCAGCCUGGUCCCGUUUGUCGGAUUGCUCAUCGGCGCUGGCUGCUGCAUCUCGGCUAGUGCCACCUCGUUUGCCUCCUUUGUUCUCGGGCGCGUCGUCAUGGGUUUCGGCGGUGCCGGCGUCUUGACUCUAGCUAUGAUCCUCAUCCUUGACUUGACGGAUAAGUCUACCCGCGGUUUCAUUCUUGGCUUUGUCAACGCAUGCUUCAGUAUCGGCGUUUCGCUGGGAGGCGUUGUCUACGGCGCUCUUAUCCCUGUCGUCGGAUGGCGCAUCAUGUUUUGGGCGCAAGCGCCUCUUGCUAUAGUGAGCACCACCGGUGUCUUCCUCAGCCUUCCACGUCCCAUCCCGUCCUCUCCUAACACGUUUGGAGAACCACUUUCUGUCUGGCAGAAGCUACGCCGUAUCGACUAUCUGGGCUCCGUUCUUCUGAUAUUUACCAUUGUUUCCUUUCUCUACGGUCUCACCAGCGGCGCCAGCGCUAUCUGGCUGUGGUCUUCUCUCUGUUGCCUCGGUUUGUUCGUCACCGUCGAGUCAUGGGUUGCAUCGGACCCCGUGGUACCCCUUCCUGUCCUGAAAUCCCGCUCGGUCCUUCUCUCAUGUGUAUCACAGCUUGGACUGAUGGGGGCCCGCUGGACCGUCUUAUACUACAUGCCCAUCUUUGUACUCGCCGUGCGCGGUGAGCCUCGUGCCAGCGCGGGAGCCAUACUAAUACCCACCAACGUUGGCUUCGGACUAGGGGGGAUCGUAGUCGGCGGUCUGCACAUUCGCCGCGCCGGCUCUUUUUGGCUGCCGUCUGUUGUGUCCAUUGCCAGCUUCGUCGCCUUCAUGUGGCUGCUGUCGGUCAUAGCACACCCCUAUAUUGGCCUAGUCCCGCUCAUUCUAUCAGUUGCAGCCGGUGGUUUUGCUACGGGUGCCGCCCUUAACUACACGCUCGCACACGUCCUGCACCACAGCCACCGCGGCACCGACUACAUCACUAUUAGCCUUCUGGGGACCUUCCGCGGCUUCGGUGGUGCCUUUGGUACGACAAUUGGCGGCAGUAUCUUUGCACGCAUCCUCCAGUCCCGGCUGAUUGACGGCUUCCGCCUCCUUGACGGCGACCUUGAUGGGAAACCCCUGAGCCCCACACGCAAGAUUCUCAUAUCGCGCCUCAUGGGUGCCCCCGAGCUCGUGCACGGCGGUGGACUUACGCCCGAGGACUCGGGUGUAGCUGUGGAUGCUUACGCCAGUGCCUCACGGGGAGUGUGGCAGGCUGCGGCUGCGCUGGGCCUGAUUGUUUUGUUUAUGCAGGCCGGAACGGGCUGGAAUGGCCCCAAGCGGGAUGAAGAUAAUGACCAGGAAGAUGGAUAUAUUACAGAUGAAGAAGAGGCUCGCGCUCUAAUUCUAGAACAUGAAGGGGCUGGGGAGGCUUAG